AAGAAAAUUAAUGCGUUUGGGGUAUGUUAAACCGUUAAAACUUGGUCAACAUUAUGGUGGACUAAUUUUAUCGCCGAUUGGCGAAAAAUGUGUGUCACCAUCUGAUCAUGAUUUAGUAUUAUCUCAUGGUAUUGCUGUUGUUGAUUGUUCAUGGGCUAAAUUAGAAGAAACCCCAUUUUCGCGUAUGCGUGGUAAACAUUUGCGUUUACUACCAUAUUUAGUGGCAACUAAUUCUGUUAAUUACGGUAAACCGUGUCAGUUAUCGUGUGCUGAAGCAUAUGCAGCCGCACUGUAUAUAAUUGGACGUAAAGAUCUCGGUGAUAUACUGUUAAAAAAAUUUAAAUGGGGACAUUCAUUUUAUGAGUUGAACGAACAAAUGCUUACUGCCUAUACAGCAUGUAAAACAGUCGAAGAUAUGUUGACAAUCGAUGCAAAAUUUCGUUCAGGAGAAAUAAAUUACAUUUCAACUUAUAAUCCAACGCGUGAUUUACCACCAUCUGAAUCGUCCUCAUCUUCAUCCGACGAGGAGAAUGGUGAAAAAAUUGAAAAAUUGACUUAA